AUGGGGCCUCGCCGUAGAAAUUUCGUCCGGCCAUUGGGGUCUCCGGCUGAUGCUGAAUCCAGCCACUUCUUGAAGAUCAUACUUCCUGAAACUAUUCGUGCCCAAAAACUGAGAAUUCCCAAGGAGUUCGCAAGAAGAUAUGAGAAUGAACUGUCUACUGGUGAGGCAACGAUUGGUAUACCAGAUGGUUGUAUCUGGAGAAUGGAACUGAAGAAAUCUGAAAACGAGGUGUGCUUCGGCAAGGGUUGGCGGGAAUUUGUGAAGUACUACUCCAUUAAAUUUGGCUUCAUUUUAGCGUUUAAAUAUGAAGGCAAUUCACACUUCUCUUUGGUUAUCUUUGAUGUGAGUGCUGCUGAGAUUCACUAUCCACUAUGCAAAGAUAACUCUGAGAAGCAGAACUUGGAAUCCAAAUGUCCUGGAAAAAAGUCCAGCUUUAAUCACUGUAGCUACAACACAAGACGCAAAAGGCAUGAGCUUGAAGAUCAAGAAGAAAUAAUCGACAUAGAUUGUGCGAAUGAUCUGAGCCCUGGAAAACUAGGAAACAACAAAAGUUAUAAUUCUGCCGAGAAUUCAAGAAAGCAAGAGAGAAACCGAUCUGGGCCAGGCCGUUCUUCCAAAAUGAUGAAGAAAACUUUGAGUAGAAAGCAGAGAGCUAUAAGAGCUGCCCAAAUUUCCAACCAAAAAAACCAUCCUUUACUGCAAUAA